AUGCUAGGAGUAUCCCGUUUCACGCAAGUGAGCGACGGGAUUCGAAGUUCUCUCCUACGUCAGCGAUCGAAGAUUAGAGACGCCGCCGCGUUUCCCAAGGAAAGUAAAAUAAGGUGGGCCGGACACGUGAUGCGCUUUAAUGACAACCGUUGGACCAGAGCCGUGAGCGACUGGGUUCCCUGCGAUAUUAAGCGCUUUACAGGAAGACCGCCGACCCGAUGGUCAGAUUUCUUCACGAAGUCCUUGAAAGAAAAAUAUGAUGCUCUUCAUGUCCCAUGCGAAAGGAGGAACCACUGGGCUACUCUGGCACGCGAUCGGGACAAAUGGAAGAAUUACUGGCGCCCGCUCGACCAGUGCGAAGAUCAACGGGAGUCAACGUGA